AUGUCAUAAUUAAUAUAGAUUCUCAACUAAUUGGACACUCAUCACUUAUAUCAUGGACAAUUAUCUAUUGAUUCAUUUUCCUUAGUUGAUGAAAAAAGUUAUUAUGUUAAACUAACAGAUAUUAAGCCGAUAUAUGCAUAACAUAGAACUUUAGAACCAUCCAAAGAUUUAGAUGACUAAAUUACAUAUAAGAGGUAUUAGCCUCCUUAGGAACAUUCAUCCAUAAAAUCUGAUGUAUUUGCAAUGGGCAUUAUAUUUCAUCAAUUAUUAACUGAGAAGUUGCCUGAAAAAAUAAAAAUAAUUAACAAUCAACCUGUUUGGAAUCCCCUAACAAAAUUGCAAGAUGAGAAUGAUGAAAAAAUGAAGAAAUUAUUAAAAUCGAUGAUGCUAUUAGACAAUUCAAAGAGAAUUUCAGUAUAAUAAUUAGCUGAAAAGAAGUUCCUUAGUAUACUUAAUAAUAAGGAUCUGAUUUAGGAAUUUUUGGACAAGAUUUCUAAUUGUCCUUCUCUUAAUUAUUUCCAAAAAGUGAUUUUAAAUUUUAUGAUUUCAAAAUUUUAAACUUAGGAAUGCAAAAUUAUCAAACAAUUAUUUCAAAUUUUAGAUGAAAAUAAUGAAAACUUUUUACAUGUAAACCAAUUGGAAUAAAUUUGCAAAAAUUCUAAUGAGAAUAAGGUGGAAUUCAAAAUUGAUUCUAAAGCGGCUAAUAAUAAAAAUGAUCAAUAAAAAAAUGGAAAAAAGAUCUCAGAUAAUGACUUUUUGAUUGCCUUGAGCAAUAGGGAUAAAUUAUUAACAGAGGAGUAUUUAGAAACUACAUAUAAUUUACUUAAGAAUUAAAAUGGUUUAUUGAGUGCAAAAUCAAUCAAUAAAAAAAUAUAUAUUGAUUAAAAUUAAUUAAUCAAUGAAUUGGAGAAAAUAUCAUUUAAUGGAUAGAUAACAAUCAAUGAAUUCAAGGAUAUUAUGUAAAUUUUGAAAUGA